UCUCUGCGUUUUCUGAGUGUCGCUGUAGUAAUUCCAGCGAGAGGCUGAGGGAGCGAGCGGGAGGGCCGCGAAGGUGCAAGAAUCGAGCGAGCAGAACCAGCACAGCUGCGCUCCGGGCGCCCGGGGCAGGGAGAUCCGGAGUGAAAGGGGGCUUCGCCUCCGGCCCCGCCGACCCCAACCCACCCUGACCGCUGUCCUCCACCCGCGGUGUGCACCCCCGCCGCAGCCGGGAAACUUUGCGCCUUGCCGCGAGCGGGCACUUUGCACUGGAACUUACAAUACCCGGGCGAGGACGCAGACACCCGGCGCGAGGAGGCGAGCCCGCCCGCUUGGGGAGACACUUUUCCCCGCAGCUGGCCACAACCGGCUGCCUCUGAAAGGCAUUCCUCGCCGCAUUCUGGACGCUGGAUUUCCUUCGAAGAGUGGAAAACCCGCAGGCUGCCGCGAUGCCCCUCAACGUCAGCUUCGCCAACAGGAACUAUGACCUGGACUAUGACUCAGUGCAACCGUAUUUCUUCGACGAGGAGGAGAACUUCUAUCAGCAGCAGCAGCAGAGCGAGCUGCAGCCGCCGGCGCCCAGCGAGGAUAUCUGGAAGAAAUUCGAGCUGCUGCCCACCCCGCCCCUGUCCCCAAGCCGCCGCUCCGGGCUCUGCUCGCCCUCCUACAACCUGGCCUUCGCGUCCUUCUCCCCCGGAGGAGGCGGCGGCGGCGGCGGCAGCUUUUCCACCGCCGACCAGUUGGAGAUGGUGACCGAGCUGCUGGGGGGAGAUAUGGUGAACCAGAGCUUCAUCUGCGACCCGGACGACGAGAACCUCAUCAAAAACAUCAUCAUCCAGGACUGUAUGUGGAGCGGCUUCUCGGCCGCGGCCAAGCUGGUCUCGGAGAAGCUGGCCUCCUAUCAGGCUGCGCGCAAAGACAGCGGCAGCCCGAGCCCCGCCCGCGGCCACGGCGGCUGCUCCACCUCCAGUCUCUACCUGCAAGACCUGAGCGCUGCCGCCUCCGAGUGCAUCGACCCCUCGGUGGUCUUCCCCUACCCACUGAACGACGGCAGCUCGCCCAAGGCCUGCGCCUCGCCGGACUCCACCGCCUUCUCCUCGUCCUCGGACUCUCUGCUCUCCUCCGUGGAGUCCUCCCCACGGGCCAGCCCCGAGCCCCGGGCGCUCCACGAAGAGACACCCCCCACGACCAGCAGCGACUCUGAGGAAGAACAAGAAGAUGACGAAGAAAUCGAUGUUGUUUCUGUGGAAAAGAGGCAGCCCCCUGCCAAAAGGUCAGAAGCGGGGUCACACUCUUCCGGAGGCCACAGCAAACCUCCUCACAGUCCGCUGGUCCUCAAGCGAUGCCAUGUCUCCACCCAUCAGCACAACUACGCAGCCCCACCCUCCACCAGGAAGGACUACCCCGCCACCAAGAGGGCGAAGUUGGACAGUGGCAGAGUCCUGAAACAGAUCAGCAACAACCGCAAAUGUGCCAGCCCCAGGUCUUCAGACACGGAGGAGAACGACAAGAGGCGGACACACAACGUCUUGGAACGCCAGAGGAGGAACGAGCUGAAACGGAGCUUUUUUGCCCUUCGAGACCAGAUCCCAGAGUUGGAAAACAAUGAAAAGGCCCCCAAGGUAGUUAUCCUUAAAAAAGCCACAGCGUACAUCUUGUCUAUCCAAGCAGAGGAGCAAAAGCUCAUUUCAGAAAAGGACUUGUUGCGGAAACGCCGAGAACAGUUGAAACACAAACUUGAACAGCUACGGAACUCUUGUGAAUAAGUUGACCUAUCGGAGGGACUGGAAUCGCUCUCUCACUUGUUACUAAGGGAAAGUAAGGGAAAAGAUUCCUUCUGGCAGAACUGCCACAAUUCAUUAGGUAUGAACUUAGUUCAAAUGCAUGGUCAAGUGCAACCUCACAACCUUGGCUGGGUCUUGGGACUGAAAGGUCUAGCCAUAAUGUAAACUGCCUCAAAUGGGUCUUUGGGCAUAAAAGAACUUUUUUUAUGCUUGCCAUCUUUUUUUCUUUUUUUUCUUGUCUUUGGCAGAUGUGUAUUUAAGAAUUGUUUUUAAAAAAAUUCUAAAGUUUCCCCAAUUUUCCUGUGUAAAUAUGGCCAUUAAAUGUAAAUAACUUUAAUAAAACGUUUAUAGCAAUUGUACAAGAUUUCAAACCAUGUAUUAUAAACCAUAAUUUUUUUUAUUUAAGUACAUUUUCCUUUUUAAAGUUGUUUUUUUUUUCUAUGGUUUUUAGAAAAAAUAAAAUACCUGGCAAAUAUAUAACUGAGCCAAAUCUUAAGUUGUGAGUGUAUUUUUGUUUCUGUUCUUUUUUUUUAAAACCAUUUUCUUUUCAUCAAUUACAAAUUAACAGAAUUUGACCCUUAAGAAGGGUAGGUGGGCUUACAAAGAUGGCGAAAGAAGUUAUUUUAGGAAAGACCAGGGCUUUUCUUUGUUAAAACGGGUGGGGGGAAGGAAGACCUUAUAGUCUUCUAGGUUCUAAGGGUUGUAAGAUGCUUCCUGGAGAUUGGCGAUAAGGGCCAGAGUUGAUACUUAAAGAAUGAAAGGGCAAGAGAAGGCUGGUCAGAGGGUUAGAGGUAGGAAAAGUUGCUGGAAUAGGUGAAAGAUAACAGUUAAGUAUACAAUGGGGGAUAUAGACCAGGCGUGGGGAGAAAAGUGGCAAUGGAAAUCCCUUCAGCUGAGUUAACACACAGUAUUCCCUUGCUCAACUCAAGCCCAGGAAUUCUGCCCAGUGAGAGUUGGUGGCGGAAAGGUAGGAAUUUGUUGCCUGCCUACUUGGGUUAUCUCGUAAGUUCACAGCAGCUCUGGGAGGAAAGUUAUUACUAACCCUGAUUUACAAACAAGGAAAUAUGGAAGCUCAGAGGGGUUAUGUAACUUAUCUGAGGCCACACAGAUAGUAAGAGGUAGAAUCUGGGUGCUAUGUUGGACUGGGAUUACAUAACACUUCAUUAUGCUUUAGCUCAUCCUGUGUCAAAAGUGCUGAGGUUAGGAACACUUUUGGAGUUUAGGCCUGAUAGACCAACUACAGUAAUAAUAAUAUCAGACCCUAGUUACUUGCUAGGCACUAUUUAAGACAUUUAUAUUCAUUGCACAGCAAUCCUGUGAUUUACCCGACAUUGCAGAGGAGGAAACGGAGGCACAGAAAGACUAAUAAAUUUGCCCAAGGUUCUCUGAUAGCAAAAAGUAGAGCUGGGAUUCAAACCCAGGCUGCUCUUAACCUAUGCUAGACUGCCUUUCAAACAAGCCGGUGGACAAUGAGCUGGAUGCUUGAAGAACACAGGGGUUACUAGUAAUGAUGACUAAGUUUUCAACAUUUCCAUCUGGUAGAACAUCAGUCCCCGCUUAUUUCAUGUUUGUUUAUUUUGUUUUUUAUAUGGUUGGUCACAGUUUAAUUUGUCUUUCCAUGUUAAGAAGCCCAGUGCUUGUUCAUUCUUACCUUAGCCAUUUGUUAAAUGAGAUUCAUUGGUUGCUCCUGGGAGGAAGCCAGUUUGGAAAUGCUACUGUGCAGAGCAUAAAAUAAAACAUACCUACUCUUCGUCAUGUGAGUCAUUAUUUUGGGAACUACCAAUUCCCCUUCCUCCCGACCUCUUGCACACACAGACACUCCUGACACAUGUUCACCAUUGGUCCAUGAAGGCAUUUUUGGAUGAAGAUACUAUUAAUUAUAAGUCUCUGAGAACCCACAGCCCAAACCAGAAACCGGUGUGUAAGAAGAAGUUAUUAUCUCUGUUCUAAUUACCUCAUUGUCUUUCUUUGGGAUUUUAAUCCACCAUCACCAUCACCCAGAAAAUCAAUAAAUAAUUAAUGUCUUUGGCUCUGAUCCUUAGGGUAAUCUAUUUAAGCCCUUGAUGUCUUUUUCUUGAUCUCUUUUUUGGGUUCUAAGUCCCACCCUAAUAGCUUCAAGCUGUUACACCCUGUAUUCUAAAUUCAAAGGGAAAUACCAUCCGCAGAAGGUGAGCGGUUCAAAGUGUUAGGAAAGCGAGGGCAACCUAGUUUCCUCUCUGCCCCUUUGUGGCCCCAGGCUGGAGUGUGGGCCUGGGGUGACUCACCUGGGAACACGGAAAGUGUUAGCUUGAAUCACUUGAGUCUGGGCAAACUCUUGGAAUGGGAGAAAGUGUUUCUCGCUAGGAAAACAGCUCCCUAUUCCAAAUCAUCAGGAAACAACAUUGGAAAUGCGAAGCUUGGCUGUGGGGACGGACAGGAAUAAUUCCAACUACCUGUUAGGCCCCUCUUCACAUUACGCAGCCAGAGCAUGGUCUGAAAACAAGACAGAUGCCAACUCCUUACCAGAAAGUCGGGCUGAUCUUGACUCCGAUACAAAUUGGCCCUCACGGCCCAUCCAGAGUCCCAGGGGUCUAGGGCGUUGUGCAAUCUAUGUUGCAGAUGACCGUAAUCAAGAGUUUGAGAUGGAGGGGAGGAGCCUGCGAUUUGCUCAGAAAUAGAGCAGGAAAAAAAUAAGCUAGGAGCAAUUAUGCUUCUUACCCAUGACACUGUUCUGGAAUUAAUGACUACUCCAGGGAAUUCCUGGGGGUGGUUUUGUUUAGGAAUGGAAUGUAUAAAGAGGAAGGAAAUGUUAUUUUAUGCUGCCAUGCCGAAGCCACAAAGGAGAUCAACAUUAUAAAAACAAUCAAUCCGAUUUUAAAAUGAACAAACUUUUCACAGUCCCUGCCUAAGUAUUUCGGCUAUGCACAGCUUGGACAUGGAAGUAGAGUUCUCUACUGGUCUCUUAGACAAACUGUGGCGCAAAGCUUGAGAAAGAGGUCAAAAAAAUUGCUAUAAGGGGUUUUCUGAGGUUUGUCGGCAAUAACUUAUAAUUGGCUCACUCAGUAAUUAUUUUUUAGUAUGCACACUGAAGGCCACUGAAGCAUUUCUUUCCAAUAAUAAAUAAUUGGUAGCCUUGAAAAUAUUGACGGAUGUUCCCCAAAACUAUCUAUAAAUACACUAGGUGGCUUUACAAAAGGCUCCUCCUUUGAGGUUAUAGACCAUCACAAGCCCAUUUGAUAGGAGACCAAACACAAACCCAUUGCCAUCUAGUCAAUUCUAACUCAUAGUGACC